GUGGCACCUUGGGGACGGGAGGGGACAGCACUGAGCCGGGAGGGGACAGCGGGGACACGGGAGGGGACGGCGACGGCACUGGGGGUGGCACCGUGGGGACGGGAGGGGACACCAGCGACAUGGGAGAGGUCAGCGGUGACACGAGGGGGGACGGCGGUGACACAGAGGAUGUCCCCAGUGGCGCUGGAGAUGCCACCACUGAGCUGGGACAGGUCACAAGUGGCACGAGAGGGGACAUUGGUGGCACUGGAGAUGGCCCCAUGGGGACGAGAGGUGCCGCCACCCACCCGGGAGGUGACACCGGUGACACGAGAGGGGACAUCGAUGGCGCUGGAGAUGCCACCGUGGGGACGGGAGGUGCCACCACCCAGCCAGGACAGGUCAGCAGUGACACGAGGGGUGACGCCGGUGACACUGGAGAUGCCACCGCUGAUGCGGGACAGGCCGCCGGUGACACGAGAGGGGACAUCGGUGACACCAGAGGUGACGCCGGUGACACAAAGGACCUCUCCAAUGGCGCUGGAGAUGCCACCAUGGGGACAGGAGAUGCCAACACUGACCCAGGGCAGGACACCAGUGACACGAGAGGUGACACCGGUGACACAGAGGAUGUCCCCAGUGGCGCUGGAGAUGCCACCACUGAGCUGGGACAGGUCACAAGUGGCACGAGAGGGGACACCAGUGACACGAGAGGGGACAUCGAUGGCACUGGAGGUGGCCCCAUGGGGACAGGAGGUGCCACCACCCAGCCAGGGCAGGUCGGCAGUGACACGAGGGGUGACACCGGUGACACCAGAGGUGACAUCCACCACCCAAAGGGCGUCCCCAGUGGCACUGGAGAUGGCCCCGUGGGGACAGGAGGUGCCACCACCGGCAUGGGACAGAACACCGGUGACACGAGAGGGGACGCCGGUGACACGGGGGACGUCCCCUUUAGCUCUGGAGGUGGCCCCGCGGGGACAGGAGAUGCCACCGCUGACCCAGGGCAGGACACCAGUGGCACGAGAGGUGACACCGGUGACACAGACGAUGUCCCCAGUGGCGCUGGAGAUGCCACCACUGAGCUGGGACAGGUCAGCGGUGACACAAGAGGGGACAGUGGUGGCACGAGAGGGGACACCGGUGGCACUGGAGAUGCCACCAUGGGGACAGGAGGUGCCACCACCGACCUGGGACAGAACACCGGUGACACGAGAGGGGACGUCCAUGACACGAGAGGGGACGCCGAUGACACGAGAGGUGACAUCAGUGACACGAGAGGUGACACAGGGGACGUCCCCUUUAGCUCUGGAGGUGGCCCCGUGGGGACAGGAGAUGCCACCGCUGACCCAGGACAGGCCACCGCCACCGGGGGAAGAGGUGACAGCGGUGACACAAAGGAGGCCACCACCCGGACGGGACAGAGCGACGGUGACACGGGAGGUGACACCGGUGACAGAAGAGGUGACACUGGUGACCCAGGAGGUGACACCCAUGACAUGGGAGGUGACACUGGUGACCCAGGAAGUGACACCGGUGACAGAAGAGGUGACACCGGUGACCCAGGAGGUGACACCGGUGACAGAAGAGGUGACACCGGUGACCCAGGGGACGUCCCCUUUGGGCUCGGCGGGACGUGGGGUGUCCCCACGGACACGGGAGCUGCCACCUCUGUCACUCCCAGCGUCAUCUCCCCCCCUGGUGGCACUGAUGUCCCCAGCGGUGCCACCAAGGACCCAGGGGACGCAGCCCCCAGAGAUGCCACCACCGUCCCACGCGGUGUCACCUCCGCCGCCGGUGACAUCGGUGUCCCCAGCCCGGACACGAGGGGCACCGCCCCCCAUCCCGCCCCGGGGGGGACAAGGGGGACGAGCCCCCGUGUCCCCAACGCUGACGGUGGCGGGCGCCGAUGUCCCCAAGGUCGGGGGACACGGAGAGGAGGGGGUGGCCCCGGUGGCCCUUGGGGACGUCCCCCCCCAAAAGGGGUCCCCAGGGAUGGCCCCGAGGGGGUCCCCGCUGAUGGCCCCCGAGUGGCACCCAGAGGUGACCCCGAAGGUGACACCGGAGAUGUCCCCAAUGUCCCCAGAGAGGGAGCAGGUGGCCCCAGAGGGCUCCUCGGCGAUGUCCCCAAAGGGGUCCCCACAUCCGUCCCCAGUGUCCCCAAAGGGGUCCCCAUAUCUGUCCCCGAUGUCCCCAAAGGGGUCCUCAGAGACUGUGACCCCAAUGUCCCCAAAGGGGUCCCCAUCUGUGACCCCAUUGUCCCCAAAGGGUUCCUCAGAGAUGUCCCCAAUGUCCCCAAAGGGGUCCUCAGAUGUGUCCCCAAAGGGGUCCCCAUAUCCGUCCCCAAUGUCCCCAAAGGGGUCCCCAUAUGUGACCCCAAUGUCCCCAAAGGGGUCCUCGGAGGUGGCCCCGGCGAUGUCCCCGAUGUCCCCAGAGAAGCCCUUGGAAAUGUCCCCAGAGGGGUCUUCGGAAUUGUCCCCAACGUCCCCAAAGGGACCCCCAGAGGUGGCCCCGGAGAUGUCCCCACGGAGGCGCCCCGUGUCCCCAAAGGGGUCCCCGAAGGCGGCCCCGGAGAUGUCCCCACAGCGCUGUCAAAUGUCCCCAAAUGGCUCCUCGGAAGUGACCCCGAUGUCCCCAAAGGCGGCCGGGGAGAUGUCCCCAGAGAGGGGACACGUGUCCCCAAAUGGCUCCUCGGAAGCGUCCCCGAUGUCCCCAGAGGGGACCCCGGAGAGGCACCACGCGUCCCCAGAGCGCUCCCCAGGGGUCCCCCCCAUGUCCCCGUGUGGGUCCCCGAAAGUGGCCCCGGGGACGUCCCCAAAGGGGACCUCGGCUUUGUCCCCGGUGUCCCCAAAGGGCUCCUCGGAGAUGUCCCCAAGGGGCUCCUCGGAAACGUCUCAGAUGUCCCCAGAGGGGUCCUCGGAGGUGGCCCCGUUGUCCCCAGGGGGCUCCUCGGAGAUGUCCCCAAAUGGGUCCUCAGAAACGUCCCGGAUGUCCCCCAAGGGCUCCUCGGAAACGUCCCCCAAGGGCUCCUCGGAUGUCCCCCCCCCCGGGGCCCCCCCAAACGGGAGCUGGGGGCGGUGCCCCGGCGGGGACCCGGCGCGAUGUCCCCAAGGGUCCCCCCGAAGUUCCCCCGGGCGCUGCCCCGAGAAGUUCCCCAAGGGGUCCCCGAGGCGCUCCCCGAAGGGGUCCCCCCGAAAACCCCCGGACGCGUCCCCAAAGGGCUCCCCAAAGGGCUCCCCAAGACGGCGGCGAGAGACGUCCCCGCGAAGACCCCCGGACGCGUCCCCAAAGGGAUCCCCGCGGCGACGCCGAGAGGGGUCCCCAAAGGGCUCCCCAAGAAGAAGACCCCCCGAGACGCCCCCCAAGGGCUCCCCGAGACGCCGCCGAGAGGCGUCCCCGAGAAGAGCCCCCGAGACGCCCCCAAAGGG